AUGGCUGAUCAGGGCGGUCAAGAUAUCGACUUAGACUCGGUUAUCGAUCGACUCCUCGAAGUCAGGGGAAAUCGACCCGGUAAACAGGUCCAACUACAAGAAUACGAAAUCAAGUUUCUAUGUACUCGCGCUAGAGAGAUAUUCAUCAACCAGCCUAUCCUACUUGAAUUAGAAGCACCCAUCAAGAUCUGUGGUGAUAUCCAUGGCCAGUAUUACGAUCUGUUGAGAUUAUUCGAGUAUGGUGGCUUCCCUCCCGAAGCCAACUAUCUGUUCCUGGGGGACUACGUCGAUCGUGGAAAACAGUCGCUAGAAACUAUCUGCUUGUUGUUGGCCUACAAGAUCAAGUAUCCCGAAAACUUUUUCAUCCUGAGAGGCAACCACGAGUGCGCUAGUAUCAAUCGGAUAUAUGGCUUCUAUGAUGAAUGCAAACGGCGUUACAACAUCAAACUCUGGAAAACGUUCACCGACUGCUUCAACUGUCUCCCAAUCGCCGCUAUCAUCGAUGAGAAAAUCUUCACCAUGCAUGGCGGUCUGAGUCCCGACUUGCAAAGCAUGGAACAGAUCCGUCGCGUCAUGAGGCCCACCGACGUACCCGACACGGGUCUACUCUGUGAUUUGCUGUGGUCAGAUCCUGACAAGGAUAUCACCGGCUGGUCCGAAAACGAUCGAGGGGUCUCAUUCACGUUCGGGCCAGACGUGGUCACUCGGUUCUUACAGAAACACGACAUGGAUCUGAUCUGUCGAGCCCACCAAGUCGUCGAAGACGGCUACGAGUUCUUCGCCAAACGUCAGUUGGUCACCCUCUUCUCGGCCCCCAAUUACUGCGGUGAAUUCGACAACGCUGGCGCGAUGAUGAGCGUCGACGAAACGUUGUUGUGCAGUUUCCAAAUCCUCAAACCGGCAGAGAAGAAGCAAAAGUUCAUGUACGGAGGGAUGAACACCGGACGACCGGUGACACCACCCCGAAAGCAAAAGAAAAAAGACGGCGGCAAACCGGCAUGA